CCAUUGCCACCUAUUACUUUUUUUUAAAGAUAAAGCUACCAAACUUUUUUGGUUUACUAUUAUUUUGAAAUUCUAGGACACAAGAGAAAAAUUAUAUUACUCAAAAAGAAAAAGAAAAAGAAAAAAAUGUCUUCUUCCAUUUCUGCUUGUGAAAUUUCAAGCUCCAAACUUCCAUGGAAGUACCGUUUAUUACUCCGACUAGGUACUAUAAUCACCGACGCUUGUUGCCGAUCCAAUUUCACCGUCAACCGUUGGCUCACCGGAAUCCUCGACUGGAAAAUCCCUCCUUCUACCAAACCAAUCGACGGCGUCUCCUCUUUCGAUCUCACCAUCGACACUUCCCGCAACCUCUGGGUUCGAAUCUUCAAUCCCAUUAUCGACGGUGAACAUCCAAAUCUUCAAUCUGUGCCGGUGAUUUUCUAUUUCCACGGCGGUGGCUUUGUCUUCUCUUACGCCGAUUCAGCCCUCUUCCACAUGGCUGCUCACCGAUUGGCCAAACAGUUACACGCCGUUGUAAUCUCCGUCAACUACCGCCUCGCUCCGGAGUUCCGGUGUCCAUGCCAAUACGACGAUGGAUUCGACGCCGUGAAAUUCAUCGACGAAACGGAUGAGGGAAUCCUUCCGGAAAAGGCGGAUCUGAGCCGUUGCUUCAUUUUGGGGGAAAGCGCCGGAGGAAAUCUAGGGCACCACGUGGCAGUGAGAGCGAGCGAGUACACGUUCAAGAAACUGAAGUUGAUUGGUUUUAUAGCGUCGCAGCCAUUUUUCGGCGGGGAGGAGAGAACAGAGUCGGAGAUGCGGCUGCGGAAUCAGCCGCCGUUGAGUCUGAGACUUUGUGAUUGGUUCUGGAAGGCGUUUUUGCCGGAGGGGGAAAAUCGAGACCACGCGGCGGCGAAUGUGUUUGGGCCGAAUGGAAGAGAUGUUUCGGAGGUGGUGAAGUUUCCGGCGACGGUGGUUUUCGUCGGAGAGUUGGAUCUGUUGCAGGAUGGGCAGAGGAAGUACUAUGAAGGGUUGAAGAGAAUGGGGAAGAAUGUGAAAAUGGUGGAAUUUCCAAACGCCAUUCAUGGAUUCUUUGCGUUUUGGGAUCUGCCACAAUAUUCUUCCAUGAUUAAAGAGAUGAAGGAUUUCAUUGCCACCGAAUUCCAUAACUCUCCUCCAUUAAUUGUUCAUGGUUCUUCCUAACAAAGUCAUAGGUUCAUGGUUGAAUUAUAAACUACUUUCGAGGACAUAGUUAGUUGUGUUUGGGUUGACUUUUUAAGUAUCUAAUAAGUCUUUUAGAGUGUUUGGAUUGACUUUUUAAGUAUCUAAAUAAGUCUUUAUAUAUGUAUAGAAAAAAUAUUUAUAAACCAUUAGAAAGUCAAUCUAAAUGGAUCUUUAGUUACUCCAAACUAGAGUUUUU